AUGUCUUCGCCGCCGCCCAUCCUUUCGCUUCCGCCGCCGACCAUCAUCACCGCGCCGCUGGCCUUCUCCACCGCGCCGCUGCCCUCCCCGUCCACGCCGCUGGUCGCAUCCUACGGCGCCGCCACCACCCAGAUGACGGCGCCCUCCACCGCACCGCCGGCCGCCGUCUACUCCCCGGCGGAGAUCACCGGGGUCCUCAACGAUCUUGUCACCGCCGUCCAGGGGAUACGGCUUAUACCUAGCCGGCCCCUACAGGCCGCCGGCCGCCGCGACCGGGCCAGCCGCCCUGCCGUGCUGCCGGCCGCCGCUGCGCCCCAAUGGCCGCAAUGGCCGGCGCCGGCCCUCGCCGCGUCACCCACGCCACCCGGGUCCUCGCCGCCACCGCCCUGGCAGCCGCCGCACCCCGAGGCCACCGCGACGCUGGUCGGGCCGCUGCAGCCCUCGCUGCAGCUACAGCCAGCCCCCGCCACCGCCCCGAUCUGGCCACAAUGGCCGGCCGCGGCCAUCGCCGCACCCGCCGCCUCCGCCGUUUCCAGGCAGCAGCAGCUGCCUCUGCCGGCGCCUCCGCCGCCCAGCACCGGGCUGACUACAACCACGCCGGCGGGCGUGCCGAUUCAGCAAGUGCGGUUCCCGCCAUCGUCGUCCCAGCUUCCGGCCUGGUUGGCCGGGACGUCACCACCGCCAGUCUACACCAUGGUCGCGGACCAGCCGGCGCCCUCCCUGCUGUACGACGGGCCCUCCGGCUCUGCGGGUUUCCACGCUGGCUUCGCCGGGCCAUCGCUUUCCUGCGGACCACCUGUGCACACCGGACCAACGCCAUCCUCUUCCCUGCUCCGUACCGCCGAGCCGUACACUCACGGCGGUCAUGCUCAGACACCGCCGCGCCUCGCCAAGCUCGCCUUCGCCACCUACGACGGCGCUGAGGACCCCUUCAACUGGCUCAACCAGUGCGAGCAGUUCUUCCAGGGGCAACGGAUGCUCGCGUCGGACCGCACCUGGCUCGCCUCUUAUCACCUCCACGGCGCCGCACAGACGUGGUACUACGCCCUCGAGCAGGACGAGGGCGGCAUGCCCCCAUGGGAGCGUUUUCGCGAGUUCUGCCUCCUUCGAUUCGGACUACCGAUACUGUAA